AAGCUAACUGCCCCCGGUAACGACAGAAACACAACAGCAUGGACGGCGCCAGUCACUCAAAGUCACUGCAGGACUGAUGAAAGUGUGAAAUAUGUGGAGGACAGUGCCUUCAACACCGGGAGACAUUUUUAUCAACUCAAAUUUACUCUCAAUAUUUUCGUUACGCUGGUGACGAAACUACGUUAGCCUAAGUAGUGACUGAUGCAGCGGGAAGCUAACAGCUAGCUGUGGUUAUCUAACUAACCUGCUGCUUCAUGUAGGUGUGGAAGAGAGAUUCAGAGAAAACCUGCUAACCACUCGGAAAUAACGCACCCGGCGAACGACAGUAAAACUUCUUCGUGCUGGUGUCAAAAUUAAUCAGCUCUCAGAGCCUGCGGUUUGCUGCCUCGCUGGUGGUCGAAUUCAUGAGCGUGCUUCGUGACAGCAGUGUAUAGUCCUCGGGGAUGGGGAAUGGAGUCCAGGAACAGCGGGCAUCACUCACACAGGGAGAAGUGCUGCCCCUGGCUUCGUCCAGUCAGUCAGAAGGCCUGAAGCAGACUCGGUCUAUCAUCAACUCGCUCUUCUCAGGGGCUUUAGCAGGAGCUGUGGCCAAGACAGCUGUCGCCCCUUUGGACAGGACUAAAAUCAUUUUCCAAGUGUCUUCAGCGAAAUUCUCUGCCAAGGAAGCCUACAGGUUGAUCUACCGCACCUACCUGAAGGAUGGCUUCUUCAGUCUGUGGCGGGGGAACUCUGCCACCAUGGUGCGUGUCAUCCCGUAUGCCGCCAUCCAGUUCUGUGCACACGAGCAGUACAAAGGGCUGCUGGGAGGCUACUACGGCUUUCAGGGAAAGGCCCUGCCUCCAUUUCCAAGGCUACUGGCCGGGUCUAUGGCUGGCACCACAGCAGCCAUGCUGACGUAUCCUCUGGACAUGGUGCGAGCUAGGAUGGCUGUAACGCCAAAGGAAAUGUACAGUAACAUUCUGCACGUGUUUGUGCGGAUUUCUCGAGAAGAGGGACUGAAGACAUUGUAUCGAGGUUUUACUCCCACCAUUCUGGGUGUUGUCCCCUAUGCUGGUCUCAGCUUCUUUACCUAUGAGACACUGAAGAAAUUACAUGCAGAGAGAAGUGGUCGCCCGCAGCCCUACUCCUAUGAACGUCUGGCCUUUGGAGCUUGUGCAGGUCUCAUCGGUCAGUCGUCGUCUUACCCUCUGGAUGUGGUACGACGGCGCAUGCAGACUGCAGGAGUCACAGGUCACACGUACGGCACCAUCCUGGGCACCAUGAGGGAGAUUGUGUCUGAGGAAGGGAUUAUCCGCGGACUGUACAAAGGUCUCAGUAUGAACUGGGUCAAGGGGCCCAUUGCGGUGGGGAUCAGCUUCACCACCUUUGAUCUCACUCAGAUUCUCCUGAGGAAGCUACACCAGAUGGGCUACACGGCUCGAUAAUGUCGAGAAAAGGAGGAUGACGGGGAUAGCGGGAUGAGGAGGAGCAUCCCCUUAGACCCUCUCAGGAGAAAAUGAGAGAGUGAUGAGUGUGGAUUGCGGGAUUGAAGGAAAAACACACUGUCUCAGGAUGCGUGGGUAAUAUUAAUGUACUCUCCCGCUUUAUCUGUGUGAAGCAGGGGAAGUACAGUCCCUGUAGAUGUGAGGUAUGUUGGAUGGUACCGAGUACCUGUACACACUGUUGUCAUGGACAUCUAAGUGCAAUAUGCUCAGUGGUUUUAUGUGCGUAUGUGUGUACUACUUUAUUAUAAUGCUCCCGCCCUCGUGGACCAGGCCUGUGAGUGUGUCCAUUAGUCACAGAGUUUGGAGGUUCACACUCACACACUGAGGUCUCCCAACUGCCUUGUAUCUGCUUAAAACUGACACCUUCCAAUGCAAUGCAGGUUGCCACUCAUUUAACUUUUAAAAUGCAUUAGGUUUGAUAAGAGUAAAAUAUGCCCCCUUGAGA